GAUUUCUCGGAAACGUGGGUUAGCUCGUCGUCCGUACAGCCACACAGCCACACGCAUCUAACUUUCCAGCUCUUAUAAUGUGACCAGGGAAUGCGCUAUACUCAGUGGUGUGAUACGUGAAAAUGUCGGGACUCCGACAAAGAACCAUGAUUGAAAUAAUAGCUGGAUUUGUGGCAUUUCUCGCGUGUGUCAAUGCACGAUUCAUCAACUUUAUUCCAGGAUUUGAGUAUCAGUACAAAUUCAACUCAAAGGCUGAUGUGAAGAGUAUCGGGGAAUUCCACAUUGCAGCAAAGGUCGGCUACACGAACAUCAGGGAGGACGAUGAAGGACAGGAGGUUUCACUGAGGGUUUACACCUUGGCUCUCAAAACAAAACAUUCACAAGGCGUGGCUGGACAUGACUGGGACUUCUCCAGAUGGUUUUCGUUUGUAAUUACGCCCCAUGGCGAGAUCGUCCACGUCUAUCACCCUGCAGACGACGAUGACGAGGCCGUCGCCAUCAAGAAGGGGCUCUCGGCUGUGUUUGCUGGUCGUCUGCACCACGAGUCAGAGGAAGUUUCCCGGAGAACUGAGGCGGGUUGGCGGUAUAGCGUGCAGGAGACAGGACAAGAAGGUGUGCAUCAAGCUUCGUAUAGUGUUCGACCAAGCAAAGAGGGGCAUAUCUUCACCAAGACACGAGAUCCCAAAGGUCACCCUGUCAAACAUGCCUCCUCCCAGUACACCAAGACGCUGUACUACAGCAAGGAUCUGGGCAACAUACACUCAGUGGAGAUCAACGAGACAUUCCAGGCCAUGCACAAAGUUCAGGACGGGUAUGAGCCUUUCGAAAACUCCAGGCCAGUGAAAGCUGUGAACGAGUUCACGAAUAUAGAAUAUCCUGAGUUAUCUGCCCUUGGAACGGGAAAACUGGAGUUCCUGACACGAUACAAACUCCGCCAUGUUCCUUCAAGACCGGUUGACGCCAUAACAAGGGCAUCCGUAUUCAUUGACAAGGUCAGUCGAAAGAAACCGGAUUCAGUGGUGAUAAAAGACGAAAUGAAAUUUAUCACCUCCAACUUGACCUGCAUGCGAAACGAACCAGACAAGGGAUCUAAGCGACUCACGAAGUGUUUUAUGGGAAUCCUGGCCUGUCUUAAAGUGUUGCCUGAUGGCUAUGUCGACGUGCUAGCCAAGAAAUACCUAUCUCCGAACCCCAGACGUCCACGUGACGUCAAAGACCGGAACCACGUGUUCGAUGCCAUUGCUGCGCUGAAUACCGUCCACACUCAGAGGGUACUCCUGGAUACUGUCCUCAACGUCACCAGCCCGAACGCCUUCCUGGUCAAGCGACUCCUCAUGCAUAUUGUUACCAUGGAGACACCACCCAUUGACGAUAUUAUCAGCAAACUGGAGGACCUGUGUUUCCGACCUGACGGCGCCCCUUCCCAACUUCAAGAGGGAGACACACAUCACCGAAUGGUAUUGGCUAUUGGCGUGGUUGCUAAGCGACUGUGGACCGUUGGCAGAAAACAGGAAGCGUCGCAAAUAGUCAGGAAAAUUGAAUCCUUGUUGGGUUUGCAUGAUCCCUGGUUGUACCGGCACAAGCGGGCUCUGAUGACGGAGGCCCAAAUGUUGGCUGAUGAUCAUUGGCGUGUGGUGCUUGUUGAAUCCCUUGGCAACGCCGCUCUGGACCAAUCAUUCGACUACAUUGUAUCACAUGUCAAUGACACCAAUUCUCAGUGGGUGAAAAGGGCGGGAAUACACGCGAUGAGGAAAUACGAUCAUGAUUCAGCAGCAAAUCUGAUGAUGAAGACAGCCUUGUUUGAUGAAGACGAUAAAGUGCGGUUUGAAGCCCUCCUACAAUACCAGGCACAUCCCAGGGCGGCAAAUGUUGCUGCCCAAUAUAUGAAGCAGGGAUUGGUAAACGGUUCGAUCUUCUACCAGAACCCAAGCAUCGGUUCCCAGGACAUCCAGGUACUUGACCGGCACAAGAGGGGAAUAUUGGACGAGACAAUAGAGUUCCUGCUGCAGGCGCCAGGGGUCAACUGGAAGAAAUUACUGGGGUCCACCAAGAUAGGCGCGUCAUUUGGAGUCAACCUGGAAAAUCUUUUGGAUUUUAAGAUAGCACCCCUGGACGGCCACGCGAAGCUGACUGUCCAUGAUGAAGCCUACGCGAUGGUUCAUCUGGGAGUCCUCGGGCUGAACGUCGACUUCUUCAGGGCAAGGCUCUGCUUUAAGGGCAGCGCCUCCUACAAUCUAAAUCUGCUACAGGAAUUUGAUAUUGACAGUAUUAGGAAACUGGUGGAGCUUUAUGAUAAGAUCAAGGGCGACGUCGUUGACGCUAUCGAAGUAGGCGUCGAUCUGUUCAAGGGCAUCAUCAGAGGCGAUCCAUCCAUCGGCGAAAUGUUGGACGAGUUCAAACAGGCGCUGGAAGAAAUGCCACAGAAGGUGGUCGAGGUGGGUAAGAAAUCAGCGCUGGCCAUGGCGGCUAUGGGCGAGAUCGACGAGGAGCAGUUACCUCCCUUUAUCCGUCCUACACGCAACCUCAUUGUCAAGGUCACGAAUCUGUACAAGGACAUCAAGAGUGCCGUCAUGACGUUCUACAAUACGCUGAUGGAGACCAUCACAGUUGUGAUCCCCCGGGCGGGGGAACAGAUCUUCAAGUCCAUCAAAACUAUCGUCGAUGGCUUCAAGAACUUCAACAAUGACCCGAAACAAGCCAUAUCCGGUAUCGCUGGCAACGUCAUAACGAUUGGCAUGGAAGUGAAGAACCUCGUGGAAGCUAUUAACAAAACAAAACAAGCCUGUUUCUUUUUGAAAAAGGAGAAACCCUACUGGUGGGAUCUUCGCGGUCAGAUAUCGGAAAUACGGGCAAUGGCCUCUAACGCCACCUCCGCCCUCAGGACGGGAGGGUCAGCAUGGGUCAACGAAGUGGUCAAGGGACAGAAGGACCCGAUUGCCGAGUUUACUAAAGGGAAAACCACCAUGGCUGAGCAGAAGCAGGAAGUCAUUGAUAUUGUGAAGGGCAUUGUGGAUGACCUCCUGGCUCCCCUCGACGGCCUCAAGAACCUGGGCGGGAAGUUCGUGGAGACAUACGAAAAGGUCUUCAAGGUCGUGCAAGACAUCAAAGAGGCUUUCGACGCUCUUAGAGAAGGUUACCGCACAGCGCGUUCACUGAUCGAUCGUGUAUUUGGACCCAAGUGCCACAAGACGUUCCCUCGAACCCUCCGGCAGCCCGGGGGUGGCUGUGAUGGGGCAGGGAGCUACCCCUCCACCCUAAAGAACGGGAAACCCGAGUACGAGAACGCUGGCGCCGAUAUAACCAUUAUGAAAGGCAAAGACGUGGUCGCCCCCUUCCCUGGAAUCAUCAUGCUGUCCAACAAGCCUAAUGAAGUGAUCGUCAUGGCGACGGGAGGCUCCCUCAAGAACACAGAAAUCAUCAUCACAAACGUCAAACCCAACUCCACUAUACAACAUCCCAGCGACGGUCUUUACGUGGACAAUCAGGUGGUAGCUGGCCAAGUGAUCGGGGCAGCCUCGGAGUCAGAGUGCGGCAGCAGCAACCACAUCCACUUCGCCAUGCGACGUCCGGACGGUCCUGUGGACCCCACACGAUUCCUGGAGCCUCGGAUUCCUGAGAUACCAAAGUGGAUUCAGGAAUGUGAUGACUACAAACUGGUCUGGAAGUUUGAGACCGUGGCGGCUGGCUCCGUUAUCGGCUUGCUGGGCAAGGACCAGAAUGACACCAGUCCCGAGAGACAGGGGGAAAAAAUCGAGAAUCCGCCCAACGUCGACCCAGACAAAGACCCAUCGAAGAUCUUGAGUGCUGCAAAUGAUCAGCCCGGCUCUAUGUACCAGAAACAGAAGACGAAGAAGACGGAGAUAGAGAAUAAGGCGGGCAAGACCAAUGAUACGGCACUGAAAGCCUUGUUCAAGAAACCUGCAGCUUUUAUGAAGAAGUUCUCUGUGAGGAAUUUGAAGCUGGGGGCGCUACUGGGCAUCAUGGACAUUCUGGGCCUGGAUGAAAGCCAGCAGAAAAUGGCGGACGUCAUCAAACUCAUCAAGGAGAUGAUUGACAACAAGCCAUGCUUCAACCCAAGCCAGCUGACCGAUGACCAGUUGAGAACUGAGCUGACCGAAAGAGGUCAGAGAGCUGAUGGCACCAGGGAACAGAUGAUAACCAGGAUCACAACGCCACAGAAUAAGUGUCCGGCCAUGAAGAUAGGGAUGCCGAAGAACAUCUACUGCACAUUUGACAGCAUGUGUCUUGGCCUGGAGUGCUGUGCCCACUUCAAGCUGUUCAUGUUCCGGAAGGCCUACAAGGUGUAUGCCAGGCUUGAUCCCUGUGAAUUCCAGUUCGUUGUUGGCGUGGAGAAGAAGUUCGAGAAGACGUUUGGCGCUCUGGACGGCCUAAAAGACAUCGUCGCAGGUUUUGACAAGACACUUAAAACAGGCAUCAAACUUAAUAUUCUAGGAGGCAUCGAGCUGGUUGUCAAAGUCAGACUUGAGAAGGAUGAGUUUGUGUCGCUGAUCACGUUAGGGGCGGGUUUCUGUGCCCUGGACGACAGUGAGAACUGCAUCGCUUUCUUCAACAUCCUUGACGAGGCACCAACGCCUCUACCCAUCUGCCUUGAUGAUGGCACUAUGCGGUGGCCCGAGAUUGACUACAAGUCCCUGUUCGACAAGGAGGCCAUCAGGAAGCGGAUCAGGGAGAAGGGGUCCCAGCUGGUCAAGGACACCAUUAACAAGGGCAUAGAGGAAGUGCUGUCCCUCGUCCCCUGCAUAUCGAAAACUGCGCCAGGCAAGUCCUCCCCCUGCCACCGCCCGGAGACCUUCACCCAGGACCUUCUGAAGCAGUCCCUCCAGGAGAGGGGGCUGGCGGUAUCCGGAACCAAGACUCAGCUGGAGCAGAGGCUGAGAGAUGCUGAUAAACAGUGUACCGUCCUUGGAAAGACUCUCACCCUGCCAGCAGUAAGAAAUCCCAAGCUGGACAAGAUCAUCUACAUGUCCAUUUCCUCCAACUGUCUCCGAGUUGACGCCUGCGUGGACGCCGAGAUCAAGGCGAUUGGCUUCAACAAGGCAUUCAAGGCCCACAUAGAGCUGGACCCCUGUAGAUUCACGCUGGUGCUCAACUUCGAGACCUGCACCCACGAGGUCAUACUCUUUGGCUAUGCUUGGGGGACGCCUUCUGAGCUGAAGCUGUCAGACGAAGUGGUCAUCAGGUACACAAUAGACCGAGAUGAGACGAGGAAGGUCUUCAUCGUCACCAUGGGACUGAAGCUGGGUAUUGGGGCUGAACCCAUCCUUGACUCUACUUUCCUGGAGAACUUCGAUGUCCCAAUUCCUCUAUGCAAUGAAAACUUUUCUCUACCAGGAACCGGUUCCAUCAAGGACCUUGCAAGAAAGAUGGGAGGGAAGAUUAUUGGCGAAGUGGUAGACGUCAUCUUCAAAAAACUUAAACUUGAUACUGUGUUUUCUGAUGGCCCCUGUUCUCUGGGGGCGUCCCCUGCAGACUGCCCCUGGGAGCUUCCCAACAUCACCAGCUACCUGCCCUCCAGCUUCAGGGACAAGGUGACCUGUGGUCUGCCGGAGAACUGUUUCGGUGUCCAGUGCUGUGUGGACUUUGUCUUCAAUAUACCCCUAUUUGACCAGCCUCUUCUCAAGAGCGUCCCGUUCUUCCUCAAGUUCGAGCCCUGUAACUUCACUGUGGAGGUCGGAUUUGGGUCGUAUUAUCAUAAGGAAACACUCCUGGAAUACAACUGGGGGAGUGUUACAGCUCUGGAAAUAGGAGAUGGAGACCCGGCCCCGAUCAUCAUAAGCUUCUCCAUAUCCAAGUACAGCCAGGGCUUCAUCAUUGACCUGAGCGUGACCACGUGCAUCCCGAUAGACGACGAGAGCUUCUGUUUCCCAGACGGAGGUCUGCAGUUGAUGAAGGGAGAGAGGAUACCAGCCUGUGAUGCCAAGGCUCUGGUGGAAUUCUCCAAACAGAAUUUCUCCCUCUCAGAAUGGACGAAGGAACUGGGUCUGGAUGCUGCCCAAGCCCUUUCUCAGUCGGCUGCAAGACUGUUGCUGGACAAGUUUGGCAUCGCCGAGUUCUUGAAGGAGGAGAGGUGUGAUGUUCAGAGAGAGCCGUACACCCCCAGUGUGGAUGGAUGGAGGAAUGAAUGUCCAAAAAGUAUCCGGAAGCUCCCUAAAUUGCCCUCUGGGUUACACUGCCAUCUGGCGGCCACGUGCACCAAAAUCGACUGCUGUUUUGACGUCCCCUUUCUUAAAAUGUCCUUCAACGCCAUCCUCAACGUCGACAUGUGUGACUACUUCAUCUUUGCGGCUGUUGAGAAGAAAAACUUCACCUUCAACAUGUUGGGAGACAAUGUCAACCUGGACACAGGGGUAUCAACUGGGGUCACUAUUGAGGAUGUAUUUAUUAUCGAUUUUGGUCUGAAGAAGCAGGAUAAGAUGUUUCUUCUGGAUUUGAAGGUGCAAGUUUGCUUUGAAAGUGACAACUGCAUGAUCGACCUCCCAGUUAUGACUGGCACUGAAGUUCCACAGCUCAUUUGUGACCUUGAUGCCAAGGUCAACCUGAAAAAUUUCAGUCUCUCUGACUGGGCCAAGGCCAAAGGUCAAGAUUUAGGUCAAGGUCUGGCCAAAGCCGCAGUGAGCCUCCUACUGGAGCAGCUGGGGAUCAAGGACAAGAUGCUGGAGCCUCCCUGCGCUCGAUCCAGUCUCAAGUAUCAACCUGCGGAUGCUGAUAACUGGAAGAACGACUGCCCACUGGUCAAUAGCGCGUUCAGCCUGCCGAAGUUGACCAUCCCUGCCAACUGCUACAUCAACGACAGGUGUCUUGGUAUCGACUGCUGCAUGCAGAGCAACCUCCUCGACCUCUCCCUCCACACCACCUUCACCAUAGACCUGUGCAACUUCUACAUAGAGGGGUCCAUCGAGAAGUACAGCUUUAGAUUUAAUAUACUGGAUUACAAAUGGGGGACAGAAACAGAAGUUACGAUAGAAGGAAUUCCAGUCUUAAAAAUGAAUUUCAAGAUCGAGCGUAUACUUUCCCAGCAGAUGUUUAUCGUGGACUUGACAGCGAGUCUGUGUCUUCAGGGCGGGGACUGCGAGCUGGAUCUGAAGAUAUUUGACCAAUCACAGCUCCCAAUGCCUGGCUGUGCUCCCAUACAGGGAUUCAAAAUACCAGAUUUUUCCCUGAACAACUGGCUGAAGGAAAGAGGAGGGGAGAUAACUGCUGCACUGUCUGCCGUGCUGCUGAAAGAGCUUGGUGUAGACAAGUUCCUCCUGAACGACCCGUGUGAGACCUACGUCACGCCAUACAAGGGAGCCAUACAAGGAUGGAAGAACGAUUGCCCAGAGAACCUGACCCUCCCUGUUCUGCCGUCAAAUGUCGUGUGCUAUGUCAGUGACUUCUGCACGGGAAUCUCGUGCUGUGCCAAGGUGCCGCAGAUCCGAAGGAACUUCAACGCCCAUCUCUUCAUCGACUCCUGCAACUUCUUCAUGAGUGUCGGCAUUGAGAAAUUGGAGUUUAGCCAUACUCUGUUUGAGUAUGAUUGGGGUAAAACAGAGGAGAUUGACAUAGGCGGAGUGUUUAGAGCCGAGUUCAGCAUACAGAACCUGCCCGGGGAGAAGAAGUUCCUGGUGAACCUCCAGCUGAAGGUGUGUCUCACGGCCGGGGCGGACUGCCAGUUCACUCUGCCCAUCUUCGUAGACAUGCUGGUGCCCAAACCCUUCUGUGACUGGGAUGCCACGAAACAACUCAAAGACUUCUCCCUGACGGAGUUCGUGUCAACACAAGGUGCACAGCUGUCUGACAAGCUGAGUGGCCUGCUGGUGGACAAGCUACUGGACACGCUCGGCCUCGCCUCCUACCUCCAGGACACACAGUGCAGCCUUGCCGGCCGAGGGGCUACAGGCUGGAACUCAGCGUGUCCCCUGGACAUAACGUUCCCCACGCUGCCCGACACCCUUUCAUGCAGUGUCCCGGAACACUGCACCGCCAUCGACUGCUGUCUCGACGUCCCCCUCAUCAGCAAGAACGUCGGCUUCAAGGUCGACCUUGACAUGUGCAGAAUGACCCUCACUCUGGGUAUAGAGAGGCUGGAGUUCCGGAAGAUGCUAUUUAAAUACAGCUGGGGAACCCCGGACAGCUUCAACCUCAAGGGUGUCUUCAGGGCCGAUUUCAUCAUAGAUCACCUGGAGGGGGAGAAACAGUUCCUGGUCAGUCUGAACAUCAGCGCUUGUUUCGAGGCGGGUAAAGCCUGCAUGAUCACCGUCCCUGUGGUGAGCCAAGCCAGGUUCCCCAACCCCCUGUGUGACUGGAAUGCAACUAAAGCACUCAAAGGUUUCUCUCUCGGUAACUGGCUGAGUCAACAGAAUAUUGGCAUGGGGUCACUGACCUCCCUGUUGAGGUCCCAGCUAGCUGAGGCCCUGGGUAUCUCGCAGUACCUCCUGGAGCCCAUGUGUAACAAACAGGCUGGGAUAUACAAGGCAGACAGUAACGGAUGGAAUAUGGCUUGCCCCCGGAACCUGACCCUCCCGAGCCUGCCUGACUCCCUGUCGUGCCACAUCCCCGACUACUGCACGGGGCUGGACUGUUGUGUGACUGCUGCCGGCAUUGGGAUGUCCUUCAACGCCAAGAUACUGUUGAACACGUGUGACUAUGUCCUCACGGUUGGCAUAGAGAACCUGGUCUUCAAGACAGCUCUCUUUAACUACAAGUGGGGUGAAUGGGAACAGUUUAAUUUAAAUGGAGUGGUACGGAUUGAAUUUAAGAUCGACGACUUAAAGGGAGAGCGGAAGUUCCUGGUCAGUCUGAACGUGUCCCUGUGCUUUGAGGCGGAGUCCACAUGUCUGUUGUCUGUUCCCAUCAUCACCGAGGCCAAAUUUCCCAAGAUCCUCUGCAACUGGGAAGACAAGCUGUCUCUGCGAGGCUUUUCUCUGAAGACAUGGUUGGCGGAGAGGGGGUCUGCUGUUGGUGCACAAGUGACCGGCGUCCUUCUGUCCAAGCUCCUGGAUGAACUGCAGAUCACGGAGUACCUGAAGGAUCCUCAGUGUCAGAGGGACGCGGCGCCGUAUGCUGGAGCUGUGGGAGGAUGGAAGAAGGAUUGUCCGGCCAGCUUGACCCUGCCAUCCCUGCCGUCUGGAGUGACCUGUCACCUGUCUGACCCCUGUGGCACUGUAGAGUGUUGUAUAUUCGUGGGCUUCAUUGGGAGAUCCUUCAACGUCAAGAUUGGCAUUGACCCCUGCACCUACACAUUUACCAUGGGCAUUGAGAAGCUGGUGUUCACCAGGGCCCUCUUCACGUACAGAUGGGGUCAGAUAGAACACUUCACUUUGAAAGGUGUCAUUCGUGCUGAUUUCAUGAUAGACGAGCUGUUUGGGGAGAAGAAGUUCCUCAUCAAUCUGAAUGUCAGCGUGUGUUUUGAGGAAGACUCGUGUCUGCUGUCCUUCCCCGUGUUGAAGGACGUCAAAAUCCCCAAGCUCCUGUGUGACUGGGACAGUACUGUUGCCCUGAAAGACUUCUCUCUGGAUAACUUCCUGGAAGAUCUGAAGGUUACCGAUGCGUCCAAGUUGUCGUCGGCCAUCUCGUCUCAGCUGCUGGAGCAGCUUGGUGUCGGCUCCUAUCUCAGGUCUCCACAGUGUGACUCCACGUCCAAUACAUACCUCCCGGCUGUCAAGGGCUGGAGGAAUGAGUGUCCCAUUCCUGGGCUGGAUACCUUCCUCCCUGAUCUUCCUAAUGCUGUGGCAUGUCACGUGUCUGACAUCUGUACCGCCAUCGACUGCUGCAUCACUAUCGACUUCCUGUCACGUUCCUUCAACAUCUUCCUGACAGUGGACAUGUGCACCUAUCAACUGACGGUGGGCGUGGAGAACUUUGUCUACAAGCGAAUGUUGUUUAACUACACAUGGGGUACACCAGAUCACUUUUACAUCAAGGGAGUCUUCAGAAUCGACUACACGAUCAACAAGCUGCCAGCUGAGCGUAAACUCGAGGUGUCCGCUACUGCCAGUGUCUGUCUGAAGGAGAGCGACUGCCUCUUCACACAGCAGCUCCUCAACAAGGCCAGAAUUCCGCAGCCUCUGUGUGACUGGAAGGGCAUGCUGCAGGCGAGGAAGUUUUCACUGUCGUCGUGGUCAGUGGGUAAAGGCCUGUCCUCGGCUGUGUCGUCGCUGACCGACAGCCUGGUGUCCCAGCUCCUGGAUGACCUGGGCGUGUCCCAGUACUUCCUGGCCUCGUCAUGCGACCAGGGGGCCAGUCCUUACUCUCCAUCCAACAUCCACAACUGGAACAAGGCAUGCAGCAGCCUGACAGUCCCCACCCUGCCGAACUCUGUGAAGUGCCACCUGGCAGCCAGCUGUUCGGCGUUGGACUGUUGUGUGAAUGUCCCUCUUAUAAAGAGAACCAUCCAGGCCAAGUUUGAUGUGGAUAUCUGUGCCCUGGAGAUUACGAUGAGCAUCGAGAAAUUGUCCUACAAGUUGUCCCUGUUGCAGUACACCUGGGGUGUUGCUGGGGACUUUAUUCUCGGAUCAAUGACAAGAAUUAGCUACAAGAUCGACCAUGUUGCCGCCUCCAAGAAGCUGGUGGUUGACCUGAGCAUCAAGGUGUGUUUUGAAGACAACUCCUGUCUGCUGGAGGUGCCCGUCUUCUCCCAGUCUGAGAUCGUGUACGCCCCUUGUGACCCAAGUCUGCCUGUCCCCUUCAAAGGUGUGUCAUUCGACUUUUGGAAGUCGGAACCUUGUACCAGACCAGCUGCUCCUGCAGGCUGCAGUGUCAACCUGCCUGCAUCCAUCGCCAAUACCUGCCAGCUGACGGACAACUGCAUGGGUGUGACCUGUUGCGUGGACAUCGACCUCAAGUACCUCGGCAUCUACUCCGUUUCAGCUGGCAUCAUGGCCGACCACUGCAGUGACCAGCUCCGCUACCAUAUAGAGAAUAAACAGUACACCAAGAACCUCAAUGCUAUUACAUACGACAAGAACUUCACAGAACCAAUCGGCAACGCCAUCGCAAUCAGCUACCUGGUCAGCAAGACGCCAUCGUCUUACCAGCUGAGCCUCCAUGUCAAGAUCUGCGCCCUCAAUGGUUAUGAGUUGACUGACACUUGCUUCUACUACACGCUGAUGGACAAGGUGACAUUCCCGAUGCCGUCCUGUGCACCCCUCAGCAGGAGAAAGAGAAGUGUGAUUGCUAUAACAGAUUCCCGGGAUCCCCGGGAGCUUCUCAACAAAGCCCUGGACAGGAAUGCAACCAAUGAGGACCUUUACGCCCUUUUCGAUGAGCUGCAGCAACUCGAGGAAGCUGACACCUCCAUGAACCUCCAGUACCAAGACACGGAUGGUGCCGCCACCAACACCAAGACCGCGCUGAAAGAGAUGGGUUCCUCUAACCCAGGCACUCUGCUGUACUCUGGGGAGGUUGCCAACGGCGAUGUCACUGUCAACAUGGAAGGAGGCGAGAAGAUAAUGCAGAUUCUUGGCAAUGCAAAGGACAUAGCAGGUAGAGUAGGACAGGCCUUCACAGUAGGGAAAGGUCUCACUGGAUCAGGGGUCAAGCUACUGGGUGCUAAACUGGCCAAUAUGACCAUUGGUCAGGUCAUUGCAAUGUUUGACACGAAGAAUAUCGACCCUGAACAGGCCCUUCAGCUGACCAGAAAACUCAGAGACUUGGCACUAGCACUGUAUUCGGAAAUUCUGAAUGCAAUUAUUAACGGUGAAGCGGGCGAAGCCUUCAAAUCCUUUGACCUAACUCUCCAGGGCAGCUUCGGCUUCCCCAGGAUCAGCGUCAUGUUCUUUGAAUAUGAACAAUUCUUCUUAGUUGGUGGUCUGGUGCCGAUGACGUUUGGAUGGGGCGCUGGUGCUUCAUAUGGAAUGGAUAUCGUUGUUGGUGCCAAGAUUCUCGGCAUGACAGCGUUUGGUACGGUCAUCCCCUACGCUAAUGCGCAUGUGUACGGCGAGAUCGGAAUAGGGGCCGUCCUGUACGGUAAACUGCGACUUGAUGGCUACAUCAUGACUGUUGCCUUUCCAUCCACUGCUGAGAUUGGCUUCUCUAAGUUCCCACUGGACCUAGCCCUUACCAUGGACCUGGAACUGACACCAAUUGAACUGGUUCUCCGAGCUUUGGUUACCCUGGAAAUAAAGAUUCCAUUCAUCGGGCGAAUCAAGAAGACAUUGUUCUCAAAGAAACUGUGGCGAUAUGCCACGCCCACCAUCAGAAAGAAGAUGAUUGAUGUGGGGAAGAAAGAAAAGGAUGAGUCUCCGCCCCAGUUCCUGCAAUAUGUGGACAAAACAGGCAACUCCCGCUCCAAGCGAGCCGCCAGUACGACCCAGUGUUCCGUGCGGCAGCUGCCCGAGCGAGACUACACUCAGCCGGCUAUAGAGAUAGCUGUGCAGGCUCAGGACGACCGAAGUCAGGUGGAACUCUUCCUGGACGCAGGAACCAAACCCGGUCUCAGCGAUGUCCUCAAGAAGGCUGGACUCGGGGGCCCAUCUACCAUCAUUACACAGAGAUUCUCUAAACAUGGAGUCCCGAUGUAUUUCACCGUUUUUGGCGAGAACAGCGCGGGUGUGAGGUCAGAGGUGACAUGUAACAUUCCGACAUAUGACGUGACACUUCCCGGUGGUCGACUGACAGCCGACUUCAAAUCUACCAGCAGUCCAUCAGAACUUCGAGCUUCCGUCGUGGUGUAUGAAGAUUCGGAUCUCACAGUAUCCAAUGUCGGCGUCGGUCUGGGCCGAGGAAUCUAUGGAGAUGAGGUCAUUGCGUUCAACGCCAUCGAUCUUAAGACGAGGAACAACAAAGCUUAUGAUGCCUCAACCGACCCAGUGGGUCACGUGGCUCUGGAACGCUUCACGGGUCUGAAGGAUGGCCGCUUGACCGGGCCAGUCAUUGCAACCUUUACUGGAAUGAACCACGCAGGGAAAUGUGCCAAGGAAUGCAUGAAGUACCUGGAGACCAAGUGUCUCAGCUUCAACUACGACUAUGGCGUGAGUGGCGAGUGUGAACUGCUGGAAGCCAUUGAAGGACACGACUACAGGAUCUCUAGCUCUGGCCGGUACACCCACUAUGAGCGCCUUGGGGUUGGGCUUGCCUACGAGUUUAUCUACAAGGACCUGUCCCUCCGUCACCAAGCCAUGUACUUCUUCAACCUCCACAUCAUCAACUCCCUCAUGUUCGAGAACAUCUUACACAGUCGGGGCAUCGUGGUGGAUCUCACCCCACCCGAACCAGGCCCUGUUGCUAAUGUCACUGUUGAUAUGCUGGAGGUGACUCUUUGUAAAAGUGUCGUCCCUGACGACCGCCCGGACUGGGAGGAAAGGUGCAGAGGCAUCGAUGGAGAUGUAAAAAACCACAGAACUCUUCAUGACGGCCCAGGUUCAAUGACCCUCUUUAAUGGUGAUGAACCCUUGACGGAUCUGCUCUAUACCAGAGCCAACAGAUAUGUGGCGUCGAACUGGGAUGGCAUCAUGGACAAAGAGUCCGGUAUCCUUGGUUACUCGUGGACGGUGGGGAGACAGGUCUGUGAGGAGCUCAUCCACCCCCACCAUGACCCUCACAGGCACCUGUUUGACCAGUCGGAGUGGACCAACAGUGGACUCAUCACGGCUUUACCUGAUGCGAUGAACCCUCUUCCAGAUGGUAAAUAUUACAUCACUCUGCGAGCCUUGAACAACGUGGAGUACGGAGGGCCGUUGGUGACAACUAUCUGCCACACGACACCCCUAGGCAUCGACAACACACAGCCCUUUGUGCACGAAGUGUAUGACGUAGAGUAUGACGAGGAUACGUACGUCAUCACAGCGAAAUACAACGCAAGCGAUCCUGAAUCGGACAUCCGAGAGGUUGACCUUUGUCUGGGUCAGACAACACGUGACUGCUACCAUCUUGAAUGGCAGAGAUCCAACCACAGUGAUCAUGGUAUAACGAGGACAUUCCAGAUUCCGGGAGGCAUCCCAGUGUGGGUCAAAGUCAGAGCGAUUAACCACGUUGAUCUGAUGCGAGUGGGCGUGGCCGACCAUCCUAUUGUCAUCGACACUUCACCUCCUAUAGCAGGCACCGUGUAUGAUGGCCCUGUGUAUAAACACGACCUCAACUUCACAAAGGAUGCUGACAAGAUCUGCGCAAACUGGUUCAACUUCUACGACCCUGAAUCCGGCAUAUCCCACUACGAGGUGAUCGUCUUAAGCGACAGCGGCAUCGCCAUUUCCCAGCCAUUCGAUGUUGACCACAAGGUCCACGAGACAUGCGUGGACAUGCCCACUGACCAGCUGCUGGAACACAGCAAGCGAUACACGGUCAGCGUGACAGCCUUCAACGCUGGACAUAAACAACUGAACGUGACGUCAACAUCAGACGGAGUGAUUGUUGACCUGACCCCUCCCGUGGCUGGCGAGGUGGUGGACGGACGAAGUGCCAACUUCACUGACACAGCGUUCAGCCUGCACGUGGCCACAGUGGCUACCCAGUGGAGGGGCUAUACUGACCCGGAGUCCAACAUCAGAGAAUAUGCUGUGGAAGUCCUCAGAGCAAGGAACCUGUCCUCCGACUUUGAGGUGUUGAGGAGUUGGAGAACACUCUCCAAGGACACGAGUGAGGUCGAGUGGCACAACUUCCGUCUCAGUCAUCGUGAUGUUGUCAAGACAAAGCUGCAGGCUGUCAACAACGCCCUGGGCAGCAUUGAGGACUCCACCAAUGGCUUUGUUGUGGACCUGACUCCACCAAGGAUGGCAUUCCUGGGGGAUGGAAGCGAUGCAGGAAGGGAUGCAGAUUUCCAGUUCUCUGCUUCAACUGUGGAGGCCAACUUCCGAUUUUAUGAUGAUGAAUCUGGUAUUGACCACUUCAAAUAUCAGGUGUAUCAGAGAUACCAUGGAAACAAACAUCAGAUCCACCCGGAAACCGGGUGGAACACCGUCACAGACCCGCUCAGCACCAGUGUCAGUCACUCAGGGCUUGACCUGAAGCCUGGAGCUCUCUACAGCAUCAGGGUAGGCGCUGUGAACAAAGCUGGAGCUGUGGCAACAUAUGACACUAAUGGUGUCCUUUUGGACAACUCAAAACCUGAAAUGAAGUGGGUGUAUGUUGGCAUCUUCUCCGGCAGCAGCGAGGAGUUGAUCAAUGGAUAUGUCAUCCAGUCCGACAACAGCGGCAUCAUGGCCACGUGGUUCGCCACAGAUCACGAGAGUGGCAUCAGCUCAUACGCCAUUGCUGUCGGCACAACUGAAGGGGGAACUGAUGUGCUGAACUGGAUGGAUGUUGGCGCAGAGAAGGACAAGUAUCUCAGUGGUCUGACCUUGACUGUGACUGACCCUGGGAAGAUGACCCCUCUGUACUAUGUCACUGUCAAGGCCACCAAUGGCGCUGGGCAGACCAGUGACGUCAUCACCUCAAAUCCUAUCCGGGUAGUUGAGGAAGAUAAACCAGGUGUCGCCAUCGACGGCGCUGACUCCACAGAAACAGCAUCACAGGGCAUCGGUGUCGACAUCGACUACCAGAAAGACGUGGGAGUUAUGACAGUUCAGUUUGCCGGUUUUGAGAGUCAGGAGCAUGGCGUGACAUAUUACGACUGGGCUGUCGGGACGACACCUGGUGGCGAGGAAGUACAGCCGUUUAUUAAGGCUGGUCUUGUUCAUGAGGAGAAGCAGUCCAAUGUCCCUGGUUCUCUGAGUCACGGGUUCGGGCAGGCUGUGCUGCCCCUCGUCCCCGGCAUCAGCUACUACACCACCAUCAGAGGCAUCACAAAUGCCGGGAACAUCCUCGAGUCAACAUCGGAUGGAAUCGUUGUAGAUCAGACACCUCCAGCCAUUAACUUUGAAAGUUUUGGGUCCGAGAGUAACAAGUCCCUGCUGAUGCCAAGCACCCUGCUGUACCAGACGGAGGUGGACUCCAUGGCAACCUCGUGGAGAGUGGCAGACAGCGAGAGUCCGGUCAAGAAGAUGUUCUUCUCUGUGGGGACCUACCCCCAUGGUCAAGAUGUGCAGGCCCGGACGGAGGUGGACCUCCGACCCUCAGGGGACGGGGCUCUGCCCACGGGUGUCAGCCCCAAUGCUGAAGGCAAAUCCAACAUUGUGACUCUGAUUGCUGAGAAUGAGCUCGGGCUAACAUCCAGUGUUGUCUCCCCUUCGUUGGUGAUUGAUACCACUCCACCAACAGAGGGCGUGCUGAAGUGUCCUGGUUUCAUACAGCCGCUAUCUGCUCUGGAGUGCACGUGGGAAGGCUUCUACGACACACAGAGCAAGGUGCGAGACUUCACCUUCACCGUGGGAUCCCACGAAGGUCUGGAAGACGUCCUCGCACCCGUCAAGCUGGCUGGCCACGUGAACAAGUAUCUCACAUACGGUCUAUCACAAAAGGCGACCCAUGGUCAGACGUACUACGCCAAGGUGACGGCCACUAACAUUGUCGGGAUGACCGUGUCCGCCAUCUCUAACGGCAUCAACGUCGACAACACACAUCCAACACAGGGGACAGUAGUAGAGCUGGGGUCAGCCUACGUCAUCAACGUCACUGACGCUAUCAUGACGGAGAGAAUGAACCCCUACAGUUGUGACUCAGGGGAAGAGUGCAUGAGAAUUGAUGCCACCUGUCAAGAGUCUCUGUCAACGGUACUUGUUGCCUGGGCGGGCUUCACAGAUGAGGAGACAGGGAUCGUCAGGUAUGAGAUUGCUGUUGGUAACACACCUGGCGGAGGCCAACUCAGGCCGUUCUUUGAAGUUGCUGACAUGACAAAAAAGUACAUGUCAGUCACGGGACUGGCACUGAAAGGACAAAGACAGAUAUUUGUGACUGUGAAAGCCACCAACGGCGCUGGUCUCAGCACAGUGUCCACUUCCAAUGGUAUAUACGUGUCUUACCUCAGUCAGGGACAGGAUCCCAUCACUCACUUGGGCGUCUUGGACGGCGGCACCAGCGACGGGGAUCUUGACUUCCAAGCUAGUCUGUCCAGUAUGAGUGCCCAGUGGGAUGUUUCGGGUGACCCAUGUCCAGUGAGGAAGUACGAGUGGGCGAUACAGCGGGCAGAUGGACAUAUCGUCCAGGCGUUUGUGGACACGGAAGGUCGCACCUACGGCACCAAUGAUGAGCUGGAGAUGAAGAAUAAAGAGCGGUACUACCAGCUUCUGAGAGUGACCAAUGCCCUCAACUACACCUACAUGCUCAGGUCCAAUGGUAUCACCAUCGAGGAGGACCCUCUCCUCCCCGGGCAGGUCAACGAUGGCGAUGUUGUCGGCUUCGACCUCGAGUUCUUCAGAACCAAGACAAAGAUCAGCGCCAACUGGAACAACUUUGGCAGCGACACUGCUGUCGGUGCCAUCAUUGCAGAGAAUGUCGUUCCUCGGGACAAUGCCAGAAAGUCGUCAAGUCAGGAAGUGGUUUACUACGAGGUUGCAGUAGGGACUGACCGCCGCUUUCCCAAAACACGUGACAACAUCGUGCCCUUUACUAACGUUGGCCUCAACAAGACCGCAACUUUCUUUGACCUUGACCUGACUCCAGUGACUGCCUUCUAUUACUUCACUGUCAGAGCACACAGUAGUUCGGGGUCAAAGGCAGAGGUCACCUCCAAUGGCUUCUCUGUUGGUUUUGAUGGAGGAGUUACAGCUGGGACUAUAGAGAUGAAAGACUUCAUUAACACCAACACUGUGCUGGAGGUGCCAUGGGACGGGUUUGAAUCCAAGAUCGGAAUGAUGAUGUACUAUGUGGCUCUGUCCAACAAUACAGACGCCUUGGAAUACAAGUGUGGACAAUUUACGGAGCGUGGAUCUCUGACUGAUGAAACAUUGUCAUCUCUGUUCAAUGUAAUCGACAUCCAAAACGUUGGCACAGAUACCUACAAGAAAUUCGACAAUUUGACUCUGGCCCAGAAUGGCGAAUAUUAUGCAUGGGUCAUUGGUGCUGACAAGGCUGGAGAGUGCAACAUGACGUACCAGAGAUUCAGGGUGGACAUUACACCACCAACACAAGGCAAGAUCAGAACGGGGCCCUACUAUGAUCUGGUGGCCAGUUAUGCGUCUAGCAGCCGAAGUCUCCAUGCCUACUGGAAGGACUACAGUGAUGAGGAGUCCGGACUGAGAUGCUACCAUGUGUCGCUGGUGAAACGGGCGACCUGUCAAGAUGGGGCAGUGGAGGAGGUGGUGGUGCCAAGCAUUGAGAUAGAAGCAGAGUACCACUCCUACAAAUUCAUGGACAUCAGCAUGGAGAGGGACACGCCCUACAUUGUCCGACUUAUGACCGAGAAUAACGCGCGACUGAGGAGUAUAACGGACUCCCCACCUGCCCUGUAUGACAACUCAGUCCCCACCCCAGGGAGAAUCGUGGAUGGAGUGAACUUCACCAAGGAUAUCAGCUGGAUCGGAACUUCUAGUGAGGUUAAAGGUACCUUCCUGCACCAUCCAGUGCCUGACAUAUCUGCUUGUCCAGUCCGACCAAUCAAAUUCAACGAUGCAGGAUGGAAAUUCUUUGAGUCGAACCGGAACUUCGACAGCCGUAACACCAGUUUGAGCUUAACCUAUGGCGCUGCCUAUGUCCAUCGCACGGACAGUGGCGACUCCAUGGACAUUAAACUGACCAGAGACACCAAGAAGGACGCCAUGAUGUCCGGCUCCUAUUUCAGAGAUGCUGACCUCGUCAAUGGAGGAAUAUAUGAGUUUUCCAUCAAGUCGGCCAAAGGUGACGGCAAGGUUGUGACCAGCGUUCUUUUCUGGGACGGGCCUGAGGACUACAUCCUCGACUACGACUACACCCCAACGCCGGCGUGGGAGGAUAGCAACUGUGGCUGCUGCUAUGUCGACCCAGUUCCAACUAGUUGCAAGUGCAACUGUACCAAGUACAUAGAAGCCAAAGACUUCUACAAGAGUCUGUCCAAGCGGUCAGUUGACGGUGACGACCCUGCUGCAGAGUAUGAAGUGGUGAAGCUGACGAAGGAGGAGAAGGAAGCUUUGAAGAAGACCGACUCCAUCACAGAUGGUGCUGAAGUAGCUCACAUAAAAAGGGAACCGCGGAGUUCCUGCGGACUCCAGAUAUUCGCAGGUGGAGAUAAGCCAGGAAGACUUGUGGCAUGGUGCAAGUUUGCUGAUCUCCUGAAUGAGGCAAUGGUGGACACGCGAGAUCUCAGUGUAGACCCAUCCAUCUCCUACCAUGACUAUAAUGUCAACUUCUUCAUACAGAGGCCAGAAGCAAGGGACUCCGAGCUGACGUGGUGUAUGACCGUCCACAUGGAUGGGGAGUUAAUAUCGGAGCAAUGUGGCAUCCCUCAUCUUUCCCCGCAAACCAAACUCUACAUGGGCGUGUGGAACCACAAGAACUACAUUCCUGAGACUGGCAGAGACGCGGAAGGAAAGAUUCAGGUGUGGAGCACCGAGGCUUCUUUCCGAGGUCUCGUCAUGCCGCCCGAGAAAGACAAGCUGUGUCGCUAUGGUGACCCUUUCAAGGGAGGUAAUAACGCCAUCAUUCGGUAUGAGGCUGCCAUUGGAUCCGCCACUGGGUUGUCUGACAUGGUGGACUUUCAACCGGUACACACUCCUUGCAUCCCAUGCCUGAAGCCGUGUGACGUCUACACCUGUGACACCGUCUGUGACAGCUCCACCACCAACCAAGUGGUCAUCACCCUCACCAACCUCAGUCUCCCAGAAACAUCCCUUGUUAAUAACGAAUUCAAACCAGUCAUUCACUACCUGACUGUGAAGGCAGUGUUGGGUUCCGGAGCGUCCGCCAUCGCCUCCUCUGAUGGAUUCUAUGUUGACACAACGCCGCCGGACUUUGAUGAGGAUGUCCUCUUGUACUUUGACGUAUCUCAGGGCGAGUUCACCCCCGUGAAAUACCAGGGGUCCAAUGACACAAUCAAAGCCGUGUGGAAGUGUAAUGACAAUGAGAGCGAAGUCGUGGAUUACAGCUGGUCUAUCGGGACGACGCCCGGGGGAAUGGACAUCAUGGAAGGGACCUCUAGUGGAGAAAACCCUGGUGCCAUCCAGAGUGGUCUCCCCCUUGAACAUAACACGACAUACUACAUCUCGGUCAACUGUACCAACGGGGGAGGACUAAAGACGAAUUAUGUUGACACAAAAGGUGUGACAGUCCUUCUGGAGCCUCCUCUCAGUGAAGAUGUCAACACGACGAUAGAGGGUGCUGAGCCCCUCGGAGAGACCGUGGUGCCACCUAACUCUAUGAAAACCAUGGACCAGAACUCUGUCAGUGCAUCGUGGACCGUCAGUCCGGACGAAUCUGUUAGACGAUAUGAUUUCUGCGUGGGAAGCUCUGAGACCUCCAUCGACAACAUCUUCCCCUGCACGUGGGUCGGCUACAACAUGUCUGGGACAGUCACUGUCAAGGACGGCUUUUUGAAAGUAGAUGACAUCAUUGUAAGGAAGUUAAGUGAAUACAGACCCGACUACAACGACACCGUGAACCACACCGACAGCACUGCCUUCACGAUGCCGCCGGGGACGGAGAUGUUUAUUUUCAUGAAGCUGUGCAACGAAGCAGAGUUGUGCACCAAGAAGCUACUCGGGUCCUCGGUAGUCGAGACCGACAAGUCCACGUUGGCGACGUCGACAAAUGGGUCAUCCAUUACGGCUUCUGUUGGAGGAUCUGGAAGCACCCGGAAGAAGAGGGCGACAGGGGAUGUCACUGUGCAGACACCCGAUGGGCUGCUGCCCGGACAGAGUAUUGUUUUGACGCAGUUGACGAAGGAGGAUCUAGAAAAGGAAUACAGGUCUGAUGCAUCGACGGAGUACGUCCCGUACAUCACCAACCCCGCCACGUCCAUGCCUGACCCCGCCUUCCUGGACAGGGUCCUCAGACAAAGGGUCAACUACAGUGACACCGAUAUCUCCUUCUCUGUCACCAGUGUCGGUGGUCUUGCAAUGCCUGGUCCGCUGUCUGUGACCUUCCCCUUCGACCCUGAUAACCAGGAUGAUGUCGCCAUGUUGUUGCACUGGGAUCCAGCCCAACAGAAAUGGUUUCAAAGCAACACCACAUGCAGGUUUGAGUCCGACACUGAAGUCCGCGAUUCAGCCACUUCUCAGAUAACAGUGAAGGUUUGCAAUACUCGAACAACCAAAUCCACCAGCAGCGCCAGGCGCCGCCGGUCUGUGUCAUCUGGUGACACUUUCUUCAGUCAUGAAACACACUUCGUAGUGACCAAUGUCCGUGCGUCCAUACCUAACGACCCACCGCAACUGACCUCCACAACCUUGGUGUCAAUGGAGGAAGAUUCUGGCACCCUGAUCUACCAGCUGUCUGCCGUCGAUCCUGAUGGGGACACGGUGAAGUUCAAGAUCAACCCAUCAUCAGAUGUGGCCAGCACCAGGGACCUGACCCUGACACCCAAUGGAUUCUUGACCUUCACCCCGGCCUUGAACUACUAUGGAACCUUUGAUGUUCCGGUCAUUCUUUACGAGGUGGACGUCGUGGACAUCUCUCCCGCCUCCACCAACGCCAUCAUCACCAUCCAGGUCACAGCAGACAAUGACGCUCCCAGUGUGUUUGCCUUCAGUGGAGGAGUUAGCCUUGUUCCUGCUGACCCAACAGCGCCUAUCAUGACGCUAAUUGAACAGAACCUAGUCAACGACAGCUCCAUCACCUACAAGUGGGUGUUCGGAGCUUACGAUGUGGACCCCGCUGAGAAUUUGACCCUGUACUUCACCCAACCUGGCAAUGGGACCCUUGUGUUUGAUGAGGUGUCAGCACUGGUGCCAAACUGCUCCGCAAAGACGGCUGGCAUCCUUUGUUCCAACUUGUCUCUCCCUCACGCCCCCGACGCCAUCAACUGGAUCUACAGAACGUUCCAGUACAUCCCAGAGACAGGCUACACUGGUUACGACGAGGUCCGGAUGUACACUCAGGACAAGGGAGGGGUCUACUCCGAUGUCGUCACAGUCAAAUUUGCCGUCAUGGCGAGGCCUUGCCAGAAUGAUGGAACAUGCUCAAGCAGAAACGAGAGCCUGUACACAUGCACUGACCAACGAAGGGCCGAAAACUUUGACCGCUUCUACACCUGUGCAUGUGCACCUGGCUGGACUGGUAGUCGAUGUGAGCUGGAUGUGAACGAGUGCAGCAGCGGCCCAUGCAGUUGGCCGUACACCUGCUACAACGAUGUCAACAGAUACUUCUGCGCAUGUCCGGAAAACAAGCCCAACUGUGACGGCCUGGAGUCGUGGAUGAUCGGGCUGAUAGUGCUGGCCGUGAUCCUGCUUGUCAUUAUCUCGGUCCUGGCAUGGUACAUCUUCAUGGUCAAACGCGGUCGUCUGAAGUGGAACUGGUUCUUCAUGAGACUGAAGGGCCGAGCAGGCAGCCAAACCUCAAGUGAAGGAAAGGACACAACCACAGCCUUUGUCAACAAGGCUUAUGAGGAUUUCAACGGAGAUGAGUGUUCCUUGGAUGAACCAUUCCGACAACGUUCCGGUUCAGGUGCAUCAUGGGUAAUCUUCAGCGGACGCCCGGACCCUACCACCACUUCCGACCAGAGAAGAUUCCGAUUUGUCCCCUCGGGGAUGACCACUCCAGUUCAAAGACAUUCAGGCGAGCAACAAACCCAGAACCCCUAUGAGGAAUCAUGGAAUCGCCCACUAUCAGGGGAGAUCACUCCAGUUCAAAGACAUUCAGGAGAGCAACAAGCCCAGAACCCCUAUGAGGAAUCAUGGAAUCGCCCACUAUCAGGGGAGAUCUCUCAGCAUGAAGAGAUCUCACAGGUUUCAGAAGUUCAGAGCCACAAUCCUAGAGCACAGGCGCCACUGGGGUCGGAAAGCUACAUCAAUGCUAUAGUUGAGCCAGAGCCGGAUUAUUUCAAACAAUAAGAAAAUAUGUAGCCCUUAUUGAUAUUGUUUAACAUUAAAAUUUUGAAUCUUCGAAUUUUCUUCCUGAGCCUUUUUCAUUUUCAAUCUUUAAAAUGAGGCUAGUAUGAAGUUACCGUAACAGUUACUGAGACAUGAGAACGCUUUAUCAAACAGGCCAGAAAACAUCAUGAAGCAAUUGCGAAGAUAUUUUCUUGAAAUUUAAGUAAAUUAGCACCACUUUCUUUAAAAACUGGGAUCAAGUUUUUAGUAAACGAAAAUAUGACAAACAUAUUCAGGAAAAUGAAAUAUGCUUCAAAACUGGUUUAUGAAGUACACAUUCUUCUUGAAGAUGCUGUAAUCAUUUGCCGUGUAUUUUUUAUUGUACUUUAGUGAAACUGAAUUUUGUAUUUUUAUACUUAUAUAUAGUCUCACUUUUAUCGCCCUUUAUGCUGUCCUUCAUUGAAAUCCGAGACUCGGAGAUGAGGCUCCACUCAUUUAUUGAGUUUUACACUCGUCUGUCUAUCUCAAUUUAAAAACUUAACCAACACCUCAGCUUUUAAUGUUCCUAUGAUUGAUAACUGCAAUAUCUUUAAAACACAUACACAUAAAAAAAUCCAUCACAAAGUGGACACAAUUUAUGGAUAACGACUUCUUUAAUACUGUAAAGGCGACGUUUUGGUACAGAUCUUUAUGCCGUUGUCAAGUAAGACAGUAUUCAUGAAGUUGUUAUCCAUAAAUUGUGUCUACUUUGUCAUCUGUCAACUUUUAAGUAAUACCUAUCAAACAAUUUAAUAAUCCAUCAGCUGUUUUGUUUACAAUCCCCAAUACAUGUAUAUUGUUGAUAGCAUUGAUGUGCAGAGUCAUGAUUAAAACAAUAAAAUAUGGUAUACCUUAUUGAACACACGUCCUUAUAGUCGUUUUUUCUAUCCCAUUUACUGAUGGACCUCAAUGACUGAUGCUCUCCUCAGCCUUACCAUUGUUGUGAGAGCUGUGAAUAAAGUCUUUUACAAUAAA